AUGGAAGGAGCUUCAUUUAGAGCGAGUAGUGCACGUUUGAGUAGUUCAAAUAUAUGGAGGAAUAGUGGGAUGGAUGUGUUUUCUAGGUCCUCUGUAGAAUAUGAUGAUGAAGAAGCAUUAAAAUGGGCUGCCAUUGAAAAGCUCCCAACUUACCUUCGAAUAAGGAGAGGCAUUUGGACUGAGGAACAAGGGUCCAAAGAGAUUGAUGUGGAGAAUCUUGGAGAAGUUGAAAGGAGGAAUCUUGUGGAGAGAUUAGUGAAGAUUGCUGAGGAAGACAAUGAGAAGUUCUUGUUGAAGCUCAAGAAACGAAUGGACAGAGUUGGUAUUAGUCUUCCCACAAUUGAAGUCCGGUUUGAGCAUUUGAACAUAGAAGCACAAGCUCGAGCUAGUGGCAGAGCAUUGCCAACCAUGUUCAAUUUCACUGUUAACAUGAUUGAGGGCUUCUUAGAUUAUCUUUACAUUCUACCGAGUAGGAAGAAAAAGUUGACAAUCCUUCGUGAUGUUAGUGGAAUCAUCAAGCCUGGAAGAAUGACCUUACUUUUAGGUCCUCCAAGCUCUGGGAAAACUACUUUGCUCUUAGCUUUGGCUGGAAAAUCUGAUUCAGAUCUGAAAGUUUCUGGAAGAGUGACAUACAAUGGUCAUGAAAUGAAUGAGUUUGUGCCUGAAAGGACAUCUGCUUACAUUAGUCAAUAUGAUCUUCAUAUGGGAGAACUAACUGUGAGGGAAACUCUAGCCUUUUCAGCAAGAUGUCAAGGUGUUGGACCGCGCUAUGACAUGUUGGUUGAACUGUCUAGACGGGAGAAGGAAGCAAAUAUAAAACCAGACCCUGAUAUUGACAUGUUCAUGAAGGCAGCAUCACUAGAGGGGCAGGAAGCGAGUGUUGUAACAGAUUAUGUUCUGAAGGUUCUAGGACUUGAAAUCUGUGCUGAUACUUUGGUUGGUGAUGAAAUGAUAAGAGGAAUCUCUGGAGGUCAGCGAAAGAGGGUCACAACCGGAGAGAUGAUGGUUGGACCAGCCAGGGCUCUUUUCAUGGAUGAGAUAUCAACUGGCUUGGACAGUUCAACAACAUUCCAAAUUGUAAAUGCAAUUAGGCAAUCGAUCCACAUUCUUGAAGGAACUACAGUAAUUUCACUCUUACAGCCUGCACCGGAAACUUACGAUUUGUUUGAUGAUGUAAUCCUUCUAUCUGAUGGUGAGAUAGUGUAUCAAGGUCCUCGUGAAAACGUUCUCGAGUUCUUUGAGUACAUGGGCUUCAAAUGUCCAGAGAGGAAAGCUGUUGCUGAUUUUUUGCAAGAAGUUACAUCAAGGAAAGAUCAAGAGCAGUACUGGGCUAGAAGAGAUGAACCUUAUAAUUUCAUUACUUCAAGAGAAUUCUCAGAAGCAUUUCAGUCCUUCCAUGUUGGACGGAGACUAGGUGAUGAACUUGCUGUUCCCUUUGAUAAAAGCAAAAGUCAUCCAGCUGCCCUUACCACUAAAAGAUUUGGGGCAAGCAAGAAGGAACUCUUGAAGGCUUGCACAGCAAGAGAGUUCCUGCUUAUGAAGAGGAAUUCAUUUGUCUACAUAUUUAAAAUGACACAACUUAUCACAAUGGCAUUCCUAGCUAUGACAGUGUUUCUGCGGACUGACAUGCACAAGAAAACAGUAACAGAUGGCGGAAUUUAUGUUGGUGCCUUGUUUUUUUCAGUCUGUAUGGUUAUGUUCAAUGGUUUCUCAGAGCUGGCCUUGAGUAUCUUAAAGCUUCCUGUAUUCUACAAACAAAGGGACCUUCUCUUCUUCCCAGCAUGGGCGUACUCUUUGCCGACAUGGAUUCUCAAGAUCCCAAUAACAUUUGCUGAAGCUGCAAUUUGGCUCUGUAUGACUUACUAUACAAUCGGAUUUGAUUCAGAUAUCCAAAGGUUUUUCAGACACUUCCUACUACUUGUGUUCAUAAACCAGGUGGCCUCAGGAUUAUUUCGGUUCAUAGCAGGAGUAGGAAGAAAUGUCAUAGUUGCAAAUACAGCUGGUUCUUGUGCAUUGGUAACUGUCUUUGUUCUUGGGGGUUUCAUUUUAUCAAAAGAUGAGAUCAAGAAAUGGUGGAUAUGGGGGUUCUGGUUUUCUCCGAUGACUUAUGCACAGAACGCUAUUUGUAUCAAUGAGUUUCUUGGGAAAAGCUGGAACCAUGUUCCUCCUAAUGGCACAGAACCAUUAGGCGUGUCCAUCUUAAAAUCCCGUGGUUUAUUUACAGAAGCAAAAUGGUACUGGAUUGGAGUAGGAGCAUUGAUUGGACAUCUACUACUUUUCAAUUUCCUAUUCACCUUGGCUCUAACUUAUCUUAACCCAUUUGGUAAAUCUCGUUCAGUUGUACCCAAUGAAAACUCAGAAAGGAGUCAGGAUUCAAGGAAGAACAGUCUUUCCAAGUUACCAUCAAGACAGAAAAGCACUUUAGAAAUGGAAAAUCUAGACGGAAGUGUUUCUUCCCGGUCAUUGUCAUCAAGAGUGGGCAGUAGAAGCGAGACAAACCGAACCAGAAGAGGGAUGGUUCUACCUUUUGAACCACUUUCUAUCACUUUCGAUGAUAUCAGAUAUGCAGUAGACAUGCCAAUGGAAAUGAAAGCUCAAGGUUUUACUGAAGAUCGACUCGAGCUUUUGAAAGGGGUGAGUGGUGCUUUCAGGCCGGGAGUUUUGACAGCUCUUAUGGGUGUCAGCGGAGCAGGUAAAACCACUCUGAUGGAUGUCUUGGCUGGAAGAAAAACAGGAGGAUAUAUUGAAGGACAAAUCUGUAUAUCAGGCUACCCUAAGAAGCAGGAAACAUUUGCUCGUAUAGCAGGAUACUGUGAACAGACAGAUAUUCACUCUCCACACGUGACUGUACAUGAGUCCUUAACAUACUCUGCUUGGCUGAGAUUGCCACCUGAAGUUGACGAUGCAACAAGAAAGAUGUUUGUUGAAGAGGUCAUGGAGCUUAUUGAGUUGACUCCUUUAAGGGACUCGCUAGUUGGAUUGCCAGGAGUAAAUGGCCUUUCAACUGAACAGCGCAAAAGACUUACUGUUGCAGUUGAACUAGUAGCUAAUCCAUCCAUAAUAUUUAUGGAUGAACCAACCUCAGGGCUGGAUGCUAGAGCUGCAGCCAUUGUAAUGAGAACAGUGAGAAAUACAGUGGAUACUGGCCGGACUGUUGUAUGCACCAUCCAUCAACCAAGCAUCGACAUUUUUGACGCUUUUGAUGAGCUUCUGCUCUUAAAACGAGGUGGAGAGGAGAUCUACGUUGGUCCAUUAGGACGGCAUUCUUCCAACCUCAUCAAGUACUUUGAGGAUAUCAAUGGAAUCAGUAAAAUUAGAGAUGGUUAUAACCCUGCCACUUGGAUGUUAGAGAUUACUUCAGCAGCACAAGAAGUAGCCCUUGGCAUUAACUUUUCAGAAGUGUAUAAAAGCUCAGAUCUAUACAGGAGAAACAAAGAAUUAAUCAAGGAACUCAGUAAACCGGCACCUGGUUCGAAAGAUCUUUACUUCCCAACUCAAUAUUCCCAGUCUUUUUUGACCCAAUGCAUAGCAUGCCUCUGGAAACAGCACUUAUCUUACUGGCGAAAUCCAGCAUAUUCAGCUGUGAGAUUCUUGUUCACAAGUUUCAUCGCGAUAAUGUUUGGAACUAUUUUCUGGAACAUCGGCUCGAAAAGGAAAACCAAGCAAGAUAUCUUCAAUGCAAUGGGUUCCAUGUAUGCAGCGGUGUUGUUUCUCGGAGUCCAAAAUGCAACAUCAGUACAGCCAGUUGUUGCCAUUGAGAGAACAGUUUUCUACAGAGAAAGGGCGGCAGGAAUGUAUUCAGCUCUGCCAUACGCUUUCGGACAGAUUCCAUAUAAUUUUGUACAAACACUGAUUUACGGAGUCAUAGUGUAUGCAAUGAUCGGCUUCGACUGGACAAUCGCCAAGUUCCUCUGCAUUUUACGCCGUAUGGAACCUUUUCUCAGGAUUCAUAAUUCCAAAAACAAGGAUCCCUGUUUGGUGGAGAUGGUAUUACUACAUUUGCCCGUUACUUUGGAUUCAAGCAUGAUUUUAAACGAUAGUAAAGAAAAGCUGUCGAAGUUUGAGGGAUCAUUAAAGAGUUUUGAUGUUGAAUGUCAAGAUUUUAAGGCUUUGGUUUACAACUUAUUGACCUCAAGUAUUCCAACAAACUUGUGGGAAGUUGAAGAGCUCGUAAAUAUCAUGGAUUCCAUUCUUGACAAUUUGCGAGAUCUUCUGCAAUUCAAGACGUAUGAGUCUUCAGAGUUUGAGUCCUAUGUUGCUGAAGCACAUGAGGACCUUGAAGAAAAUGUAAGAUUCUUGAAGAAUUUCAUUCUUUUCGCUAUGUCGUGUGUAGGACUUGGGCAUAAGGAGAUGGAAGAUUUGUUAACUCAUGCUGAAGGCUUGGUUGCCAGCGCGGCACGCCUAAAUUUCAUGUCCUGGUGCAUCUACUGUCCUAAGACGCACAACAGCUUUUCCUGGUAUGACAACUAUCCGGGGACCAACGGUGAUAUUUCCUCGCUGAUAGAUCAAAUCAAGCCUAUCAAAUCCCAUGUUUUUGGGAUCUAUGUUGGAGUCCUUCAAGCUUCAAAGUUGUCACUGGGAUCAUCUCCACGAAGCCAUACACUUAACAUGUUGGCGGACUUUGUCGAUUCUCUUCUUGUUCUUGCUUGGGAUCGAUUAUUUUGCCAUCAUCGCUACACAGGCAUCUUGGACAAUGAAGUGCAAAGAGUUUAUGAGGUACUGAGAUACUUGAGAACCUUUUUACUGGAGAACCGAAAUCAGCUUGUGGAACAAUAUAAAGUAAGGUAUGACCUCAUUGGAAUUGUAAUUUCUGAAGCAGGUAUAAUUGUUUGCUAUCUUUUCAGAAAGGAAUUCGAAUCACGCCUGGAGAAAAAAAUUGGGGUUCUGGUUUUAGAUUUAGAAGAAAAGUUUAAGCUUAUCAAGCCAGAGGAAGAGACACUGAUAUAUCUUCAAAUGUCAGCAUCCAGUUUACCUCAAACCAACCUGCCGGCGCCAGGGUUUGUUCAUUCUGCCUUGGCAAAACUCGAGGCAUUCGGUCAAUCUCAAACCAAAAUGCCACGUCGAAAUAAGCGAGGUUCAGUUGCUUCGGCAAAAGCUAAGCUUCAAACCGUACAUGAUGAUCUUGCAUUUUUAAGAUCUUUUCUGCCUGAUGAUUUUUUGCAGUAUGACCAAGAUGCGAAGCUUCAAGAUCUUUGGAGUCGCUUUGCUGCUGUAGCUUAUGAUACAGAGUUCAUCCUCGAUUCUUUAGUUGCUGGAAAUACUGUUCAGAGUUUAAUCCCGCUGCUUAAUACCGUUUUAGAAGAGAUAAAGCUUAUGAAAGCCGAAGUCUUGGAAAAUUCUCAUGGAAAAAGGCAGAUCACCAACGUUCAUGAUGUUACUAAACCUUUUGGUAAGAGGCCAUUGACAGGUGAGAUGCCAAUAUCAGAUGAUCCUGUGGUAGGAUUAGACGAUGAGGCACAAAAGAUAAUUGAUCGACUCAAAAGAGGAACGCGACAGUUAGACGUUGUUUCCAUUGCGGGAAUGCCUGGAUUAGGCAAAACAACGUUGGGAAGAAAAGUUUAUUGCGAUCCCUCUGUCGUUUUUUACUUCUAUGUUCGUUCGUGGUCUCCUGUUUCUCAAGAAUACAAUAAAAGAAAUCUGUUUCUUGAGAUCUUGGGUGGUUUCGUUAGUAUUCUUGACAAACACUUGGCGAUGAAUGAAAAUGAUCUGGCCGAGGAGCUCUACAAAAGUUUGAAGGGAAAAAGGUAUCUCAUUGUAUUGGAUGAUAUUUGGGAUAUUGAUGUGUGGAAUAGUUUGAGAACUUCAUUCCCAAAUGAUGUUAAUGGAAGUAGAAUUUUGUUGACGACUCGGCAUCAUAAUUUGGCUUUGCAAAUCAAAUCAGAUAGUGAACCUCACUGUCUUCGUCUGCUCACCAAUGACGAGAGUUGGGAACUACUGAGAAAGAGGAUCAAGUUUGAAGAAGACUGUUGUCCAAAACUACUUGCUCUUGGAAUGGAAAUUGCACACCAUUGCAAGGGAUUGCCGCUGAUGAUUUUAAUUGUUGCGGGAAUUCUCUCAAAUAUGGGUCCAGAUACUUGGGAAGAAGUAGCAAGAAGUUUAAGACAAGGCGCCAUAUCUAUCACAGAACAAUGCAGGGAGACCUUAGAGUUGAGUUAUCGUUAUCUGCCGGAUCAUCUGAAGUCAUGCUUUCUUUAUUUUGGAGCAUUUCAAGAGGACCAAAAGCUACCUGUUCGAAAACUGUUAUGGCUUUGGAUUGCCGAGGGAUUUGUGCAGAAAACUGAGAAGGAUGGGUUAGAGGACGUAGUAAAGGGAUACUUGAUGGAGCUGAUUCAAAGAAGUUUGGUCAUGGUUGUUGAAAAAGGAUCCCGUGGCAGGAUCAAAUCAUGCGUCCUUCAUGACAUAUUGCUCGACUUCUGCAAGGCUAAAUGCGAUGAGGAACACUUCCUUCGUUGCUUACAUGGCGUCCAUGAGCUACAUACUUCCACUGAGCCUUGCAUAUUAAAUGAUUAUAGGCUGCAUGUUUACUCAAGGAGAGAUGAUUCUGCUAACUCAAGGCUGCUCUGUCCUCGUGUACGCAGUCUAUUCUUUAGUGCUGAUUAUGAACGUAGGCACGCGCGCCAUCGGUACGACAUCUUUUGCAGAUUUUGCGAAUCCAAACUUCUUAGAGUUGUGGACUUGAGAAUCCAUGCCGGGCAAUUCUUUCCGCGAGUAAUUGAGCAACUUGUCCAUUUGAGAUACUUGGCUUUGGCCACUGAAGGAUCACUUACCAUCCCGUCAUCAGUUGAUAAUCUUUUAAAUUUGGAGGCAUUUAUUGUAGAAGGAAGAAAUGUAAAAGUUUGGCUUCCAGAUACCAUUUGGAACAUGAAAAAUUUAAGGCAUCUUGUGUGCAUAAAUGGUUCAUUUGGUGAUCUGAAGUUGCCAAGAGGUAAUCUCAAAUUUUCCCCUUGUUUGGAGAACUUAGAAACUCUUUCCUCCAUAACGUUUACUUCAAGAGAAACAAUGGAGGACAACUUGAGAAGGUUUCCGAAUAUUCGCAGACUCAAAUGCCAUCUCAUUACGUCAGAUAAGUGCACUGGGGAGUGCAAGAUUCUUGCACUGGAUUUCAUGAGUCAACUAGAAUCGGUCUCCCUCUCUCAACGUUUCGAGACACCUCAUAACUGCCAUUUACAAUUUCCCAAGAACCUGAAGAAGCUAGUUCUGUCAAAUUUCAAUCUUCCCUGGAGUAAAAUUUCAGCAAUUGAUGAACUGCCAGUUCUCGAGGUUCUCAAGUUACUGGACAAUGCAUAUAAAGGGAAAACAUGGGACAUGGAAGAAGGGAAAUUCCCCAAACUCAGGUUUCUAAAGUUGGUGAACUUAGAUUUUGCAAGGUGGACAGGAGACUCAGAUGAUAACUUUCCCUGUCUAGAGAAAGUAGUGCUGGAGGCGUGCCGACACUUGAAUGAAGUACCGUCCUGUUUAGCCUAUAUUUCGACGCUCCAAAUGAUUGAAGUGUCUGAUUGUAAAUCCGUAGCUAGUUCAAUAAAACAAAUUCAAGAAGAACAGAUGGAUAUGGGAAACGAGGAUCUGAAGCCAGAGCAGAUCCUCGCCGGAAUUAUGGUUAGGAAUUCCGAAGGAAAAACCGUUCUGGACUUUGUAUCCACCAUAGAUUCGGUGGAUAAGGUCAUGUCAUCAAGCAAUGCUGGGUCUCGAUUGUUUGCUGUUCGAGGGUGGUCCUUCGCUACUCAGCUGAACGAGGCUGACAGUUUGAGACUGAUAAGUGCGGCCUCGACGGCCUAUCUAGUGCAGCUAAGGAAAUUUCGAGAAGACCUGGCUACAGCUCGGGCGGAAAGGGAUGAGGUGUUGUUCGAGGUGGUUACUCUCGAAGAGAAAGAACGCCAGGUACAAGUUAAGGAGGCCGAGAUCGUCGAGGUGCAGGUUAAAUACAACGAGCUCGAGGAGAAGAUGAGGUUGUUUGCCAGCCUGCAAAUCUCCAAGGAGGAACUACAUCAGUGGUCCCUCGAGGAGAUGAACUUGGUUGCCCCCAAGUGUGGUGCGUACCGAGUCGGCGUGGUAGGGUUGAAGAGACUCGACCAGGACAGGCCAAUCAAGGCCAAAUGGUUCAAGCAGCUCCUGCUGAAGGAUCCGAAGAAAACCAUGCACGAAGCCAUGAUUACCUCAUUUCCGGGCGAUGUUCCUGCUGUCCUGGCCAAGGGUCCAAGUGAGGAAGACCCUAUACCCGAGGUACCUGACGAAUAUAUGGGUAUUGAGCUCGAGGACACCGACGAGGAAACCGAGGAGGACGUUGCUGAUACUAGCCACUCCGGAGUUCAGAGAACCAUCGAGGACGCCUCCCAGGCCCCUUCCAAGGACCCUUCCAAUGACCCCCUCCAAGGCAGUGACGCUGAAAGUUGGACCGUUCACCGCGUUCACCACAUGGUGUUGUCAGAGGAGCAAUCAAGGGAGUUCCCAUUAUAUUCUAUGAUUAGCGGGAUUCUGAGAAGUCGUGCUGAUGUGCACAGCCUUGAGAUGGUAGCGCAUUUGGAGAACGACCUGCUCGAUGCCAUGAGGACUCACAAUGUAAAGGUUAACCAGCAUCUGAUAAAUGAGAUUAAAGGACUCCGCGAGGAGAUGCAGCGUCGAGAGGUUCAAAGCCUGAAAGACCACAGUGACUCUCUGACUUUUGAGGUCGAGAUCCAUGAUGAGCUGGUGACCUUGGAGAAGGAAAAUGCUCGGCUUAGGGCCAGACAGCAGAUUACUGUGUCUCCCUGGUUUCUCGAGAAGCACCAGGUAUUAGCUCUCCAGCACAUGAUUAUGGUCAGGACUCGCCGUUUCAUCGCAGCCAUGGAUAUAUUGAAAGAGAGAUCUCGUGAGAUCGAGCUUCUUACAGAUUAUAUUGCCCAACUACAAAAUCUUCUACUGGACAACAAUAUCAACUUUGAGGCUUUUGAGCAUCCGGAGGAAACUGUGGAUCAUCGAACUCGGAGUUCUCGAGAGGAGCUGUUGAUGAGGGUGCACGCUCAGGACAUAGAGAUCGUGGACCUUAAGGAUAAAUUGAAUCAGUGUGUGAAUCUCCUUAGCCUGCAUGGGUAUGAGGGGAUUAUUCAUCCCUCCCCUGACAAUCCUGUCAGGGAGGUGCUUGUAAUAUUGUAG